AGAUCUUAAAGUAGAAAAAUUAGAAAAAUUAAAACACUAAUAUUAUAAAUUUUUCCUGAAAAAAACAGUGUAAAAUAGUUUGAAAAGAAAUAUAAAAUAUAAAAAUUGAAUUCAAUGAACGGGCAGAGAUUUCAUACAUCGAGCGGCUAAAAAGCUGCCACGUUGACCCAAUGAUGUUAUUUCCCGCCAAAGUUGAUCUUGCCGCCCAUUUCUACCAAUCUUCAGUUCUGAACAGUAUAAACCAAAACCAUAAAGAAACCCCAAAGCAAAACCACAUUUUCUCGCUCUCUCUGCAAUUAUCGGUAGGAUCUCAAUGGCGCCACAAAAGCUAACUGAAUACGAGAAAAAAAGGCUUGAAAACAUUCGCCGGAACGACGAAAUGAUGGCUGCCCUCAAAAUCCACGCUGCCGCCUCUCAACUCUCCGCUGCCGCUGCCAAACGCCAAAGAAUUGGAUCUUCUAAAUCUUAUAAAGCGAGUCCAGAGAAGAAAAAACCUAAAAAUGAUUCUCCUAUUGUAAUCAGGCAGUCAUUACGCAUCCGAGGAAUGCCGCCUGAUUCAAUUGGUUUAGAUCAUGAUUUUUCUGGGAUGCCUUCUGUUAAUGCUGCAACCACAAGCGCUGUACAAAAACCCUCUCCGCGUGUUAUGGGUCCGCUUAGCAUGACUGAUGCCUAUAGCGGAACUGGGUCUUUUCGAGCUCUAAUUGACACCGUUGUAUCUCUUGAGACUAAACCUCAAGUGGGUCUUUCAGUUAAAAAGGGACUUGGUGUUUCAAUUGAAAGUAAAACCCAUGUGGGUGUUUCGGUUAAAAAAGAAGUUGAUGGAUAUGAGGCUGUGAAGGUGGAGCGAAGUGAUGGGAUUUUUAAUGGGCCGGUUAAGAGUGUAGUAGAAUAUGAGUAUUUGGAUUCUGGAGUUAAAAUAGAGAAGAAGGAAGUUGAGGGCUGUGUUGAUUUGUGGUCGAUGAAUUUGAAACAAGAGAAUGUAGCUAGAGUUUUGCCAGGGAGGAUUAUGGUGGUGAAGUUUUUGCCUUGUAAUGAUGUAAGGAUGAUUGUUGCUGGGAACAAGUUUGGUAAUGUUGCAUUUUGGAAUGUAGAUAGUGAAGGAGAGGAUGGGGAUGGUAUAUAUUUGUUUCGCCAGCAUACUGGUCCAAUUUCAGGGAUUUUGUUUCAACAAUCUUGUCUCUCUAAGAUAUUUACCAGCUGUUAUGAUGGCUACCUUCGGUUAAUGAAUGCUGAGAAGGAAGUGUUUGAUCUUGUGUACUCCAGUGAUGAUACUAUAUUUUCCCUCUCCCAACAACCAAAUGACACGAAUGGCUUAUAUUUUGGUGAGGGUCGUGGAGGAUUAAGUGUCUGGGAUGAGAGGACAGGAAGACUUUCUUUCCAGUGGGAUCUACAUGAAGACAGGAUCAACUCCAUAGAUUUUAAUUCACAAAACCCUAAUAUUAUGGCCACUAGUUCCACAGAUGGGACAGCUUGCCUCUGGGACAUAAGGAGUGUUAGUCCAGCUAAGCCCAAAAGCUUAAAGAUAGUAAGCCAUAAUAGGGCUGUGCAUUCUGCUUACUUCUCGCCUUCUGGAAGCUACCUUGCAACAACAAGUCCUGAUAAUACAGUCGGUGUACUAAGCACUGCUGAUUUUGAGGACACUUGUAGGAUUGACCAUUACAAUCAGACAGGCAGAUGGAUUUCUUCUUUCAGAGCAAUAUGGGGUUGGGAUGAUUCAUACAUCUUCAUAGGCAAUAUGAAAAGAGGAGUGGAUAUCAUCUCUCGCCCACAAAGAAGAGCAAUUUUAACUCUGCAAAGUCCCCACAUGAGUGCCAUUCCCUGCAGAUUUGACGCACAUCCUUACAAUGUUGGAAUGCUAGCAGGAGCCACAAGCGGGGGCCAGGUUUACAUAUGGACUUCAAGCUAGGAAUUAGUUUCUUGGUUUACGUUUGGUAGUAUGCCUGCACCAUUUUGAAAAUCAAGAUUUUUGUACUUAUCUCAAUUCUAUGUUCCGGGUCUCAUGUAGCAUUUUUUCAUGCAUUCUGGAUGUAAAUGUUUUUGACUUUUAAGGGCAUGAAAUUGCUGACAGACCUUGGCAACUCUUACAUUUAUGAUUUGGCUCCAUUCAACAUUUCCCAUUCAA